AUGGAUACAAACGCCUUUGGGAGGUUGUGUAUUAUGCUUCAGCAGACUGGUGACGUUGUGGAUGGUCGAUGGUUCGAGCAUUGGAGGUCAGGGUAUACUGUUUCCAAGUAUGUCCAUGUUGUCUUGAGGGCUGUGAUUAAGCUUCAUCGUAGAUUCUGGGUGGUGCCCGAUGCUGUGGGUGACGACUGUGAGGAUCACAGAUGGAAAUGGUUCAAGGGGUGUCUGGGAGCCCUUAAUGGCACGUACAUCAACGUGCAAGUUCCUAAUGCUGACAAGCCUCGCUACCGCUCACGAAAGGGUCGGAUUUGCACUAAUACCCUAGCCGCUUGUGAUCGUAGUACGAGAUUCGUUUACAUUCUCGCCGGUUGGGAAGGCUCCGCUGGGGAUGCUCGUGUCCUAAGGGAUGCCGUUAAUCGUGAGUAUGGCUUCAAAGUUCCACGAGUGGAUCCCCUCGACGCCCUCGCCGACGUAUAUGACGAAGACUUAGUCGCGGAGGCGGACGACCCCAAUGUCCCUGGAGAGUAUAUAGAUUCUGUGGAGCCCUCCAAUGCGUGGACACAAAUGCGAGACAACUUAGCGGGUUCUAUGUGGGAUGAAGUAUUUACAUAA